UUCCUUCUUAUUUCUGAAAAAUACAAAGAGCACCCGAAAGAUCAGCACUUUUUAUCCGAAGAGCAAUGCCGGCGGGGAUCGUCCUUUGCUCCUCCCUACUCCUCCGCCCUGACUUCGCCGCUUCUGACCGCCGCCCAUCUCCCUCCACCCAAUUCUCGCGUAAAAGCUCUCGACUUGGCAAUACGGGUUAUGUUCAUAUUAAGGUAAAGAAGUUAUUUUUGUCAUUGGGAAAUGCUGCUAAGGAAAAGUUUGAGGCUCAUCUAGCAUUGCUAGGCCGACAGUCUAUGCCUACGGUAGUGAAUGAUGUGAAGACUUCAAUAUCAAAUGGAACUUGUGUCGGCCCUACACAACCAGAUGAUGACACCACUCCGGAAGGCUUAGUUGCUCAUCAGGUGAUGGUUCUUGGAAGAUCCCCAGCCUUGGCACUUAUUAUUGUUAAUGCAUUGAUGUUUAGUGCACCCUUUGAAGCUCUGGCAGAAACAUGUGAGGCUGAUAAGUCUAUCUUCAACAUGCCAUUACUGCUAUUUGUAGCCCUUAUCGGGGCAACAGUUGGAGGAUUGGUUGCGCGUCAGCGAAAAGGUGAAUUGAAGCGGCUGAAUGAGCAGUUGCGCCAGAUCAAUGCAGCUCUAAGAAGGCAAGCAAAGAUCGAGUCUUAUGCACCCACUUUGAGUUACGCUCCCGCUGUUGGUAGAGUACCAGAAAAUGAAGUUAUUGUUGACCCGAGGAAGCAUGAGUUGAUUUCUCAUUUGAAAUCUGGAAAGAAUUUUUUGAGGAAUCAGGAUCCUGACAAGGCAUUUGUGGAGUUUAAGACGGCUCUUGAACUUGCUCAGAGUCUAGCAGAUCCAACUGAGGAGAAGAAGGCUGCUAGAGGCUUAGGUUGGUUAUACGUUGCUGUAUCCUCCUUUUCUCGGCCUCCUAUCCUAUGAGCCUCAUUGCAAAGGCAAGGCAAAUUCCGAGAAGCUAUUAAGUACCAUUCCAUGGUAUUGGCAAUCUCAGAGAGGGAAGGAGAGGAUUCUGGGAAUACAGAGGCCUAUGGAGCAAUAGCCGAUUGUUAUACCGAGCUUGGAGAUCUCGAGCGAGCUGGGAUUUUCUAUGACAAGUACAUUUCGCUAUUACAGGCGGAUUAAUUUGCUCUUUGUACUCGGAAUAGUUAUUUUUCCUUGUUUUGUUGUGUCGAGGGAUGAAUUUAUCAAGCGUUGAUGACUUUGGGAUCAACUUGAGUGGAAAAUCAUUUUUGUUCGGUAGGUUCUUGGUGGCAAUAUUUAUCAUAUCUGCUUUAUC